AUGACAGUAUUAACCAAAAGACAUUCCACUAAUAGCUCAACAAUUAAUAAUGUUCAAAAAAUAAUAAAAAUUGGAUUUGUUAGCUCUGAUCAAUAUCCAACAUUAUCCAAUGAUGAUAAAAUUUUAAUCCAAUUAUGUGUUGAAAAUAAUAUUGAAUGUAAAUGUGUUGUUUGGGAUGAUGUAAAUAUGAUUGGACAAUGGAAAAAAGAUAAUUUUGAUAUAUUAAUAAUUAGAUCUUUAUGGGUAAAAAUUAUUUUGGAUUAUGUAUUUAAAAUUGAUAAAUUUUUAAAAUGGAUAAAAAUUAUUAAAGAUAAUAAAAUUAAAGUUUUAAAUGAUUUAAAUGCAAUUGAAUGGAAUUUAGAUAAAAAUUAUUUAGAAGAAUUAAAAAGAUCAAGUGAAAUUGAAAUUGUUCCUAGUUUUUAUAUAAGAAAAGGUGAGCAUUAUCCAAUUAAUGUUAUUUUAAGAGAGAUUGAAUAUGCAAAACAAAGUGGAUUAUUUAAAUAUGAUCAAUUAUGUUUUGUAUUUAAACCAACACUUGGCGCAAAUGGAUAUGGUACAACGAAAUUCGAUCUUUAUGAAUUCUUAUAUUAUCCAGAGAAAUAUCAAUCCCUUUUAAAUCAUUUAUUAUCAACAUCUGAUAUAAUAGUACAACCAUUUAUAAAUAGUGUUAUAGAAGAGGGUGAAACUUCAUUUGUUUUUUUUAAUGGGAAAUUCUCACAUUCAAUUAUAAAAAAACCAAGUUUAAAUGAUUUUAGGGUUCAAGAAGAUCAUGGUGGUACAGUUCAAAGGAAUGUAAAUCCAAAUUCAAAUGAGAUUCAAAAAGCUCAAAAUGUAAUUAAUAAAAUAAUUCAAGAAAAAGGUCCGAUCCUAUAUGCUAGAAUUGAUAUGUUAAGGAUAAAUGGUAUUUUAUACUUAAGUGAAAGUGAAAUAUUCGAACCAACUUUAUACUUUAUGGGUGAUACAAUAAUAGCAAAAAGAUUUUUGAAUUCAAUUUUCGAACUUGUAAAAUAA